AGAGCGCGGAGAGGGACCAGGCAGGCGCCGGAGGGGACCCGCGCCGAGAAGGAAGAAGCCCAAACAAAAACGCUGUCCGGCGCCAGGCGCCCACCUACAAGCCCAAGCCGGUGCUCGGCCAGUUACAAAAGAAAUGGUCAGGAUCUGGACAACGAUAAUGAUAGUAUUAAUCCUAUUAAGAAUCGGCCCAAACAAACCCUCGCUGUCAGGGCGACAGGCGCCCGCCCAAGCCCAGACCUCGGACCUGGUUCCGAGCCUGUUCCCGCUGGGUCUCUGGGCGCCCGGUUUCUGCACCUGGAGCUCGCCCGAUGAGGACAGGGUCUGGAGGCCGGCCUGGGAACAGGGGCCGAAGGGCGAGCCGGACCCUAGGGGAUUGAGGCCGAGGAAGCCGGUUCCGGGGACGGGGAACAGGGACUCAGGGACCAGAAGGCGGCUGCAGGACGCGACCGAGCAGGACCCCAGGCCCGGGAACGACGUCGCGAGCGCCGAGACUGCCGGGCCUCCCAGCCCAGCUGGCAUUCGAGCGCAGGACCGGGCGCCCCGGCACCGCCGCGCGCCACCCGCUAGGAUGCCGGUGGCCCCAGCGCCCUCAGCCGACGGAGAGCCGCUGCAGGAACGCGGAGGAGGCCUUUUCCACCGCACCGGGAGCGUUUACAACGGGCUGGAGCUGAAUACCUGGAUGAAAGUGGAGAGGCUGUUCGUGGAGAAGUUCCAUCAGUCGUUUUCCUUGGACAAUUAACAAGUUAGGCUUCCGCAGUGCCAGGGCCUGGGGACGCUGGACGUGGGAGAGGGUUGUGGUCGUUAGCCUGGCAAAAUCAUUCUUUUAAACAAUAU